GAACCAAAACGUUCAGAAGCAGCAGAAACCCAAAGGCGCCAACUUUACUUUUCAAAAUGGCGCUCUCAUUUUACUCGCUACAAAACUCUCCCCCCUCCUCUUUCUGAACCUCUGACCCAAAACCUCGAAACUCACAGAUUCGAGCAGAGGCAGCCAUGGCGGACAAGGAGAACUGCGUGCGUGUGACGAGGUCGAUGAAGCGGAGGGCCGAAGAUGUGACCCCGGAGCAGCGGGCCACCAAGAAACGGGUGGUGCUAGGAGAGCUCACGAAUGCUGUUGUUCCGGUGAAUAAAAGCUUCGGGGCAGAGAAGCAGAUCAAGAAACGCGGCGCCAAAGGCAAGGCGAAAAAAUCAGUGCCCGCGAAGGCGGCCAAGGACAUUGAUGCGUCGUCGGAUGACCCCCAACUGUGUGUGCCAUAUGCUCGUGACAUUUAUGAGUAUCUUCAGAAGCUCGAGGCGGAUGAAAAUCGCAGACCUUCACCCGAUUACAUGACAAAGAUUCAAAAAGAUGUCACUGCUAAUAUGAGAGGAAUCUUAGUGGACUGGUUGGUGGAAGUUGCAGAGGAAUAUAAACUCCUUUCUGACACUCUUUUCCUCACCGUUAUGUAUAUUGAUAAAUUCCUGUCUUUGAAUGUUCUCAACCGGAAAAGGCUUCAGUUACUUGGUGUUUCUUCAAUGCUCAUUGCCUCAAAGUAUGAAGAGAUCAGCCCUCCACAUGUAGAACAAUUCUGCUACAUAACAGAUAAUACGUAUGAUAGGGGCGAGGUGUUAAAAAUGGAGGCUGAUAUACUCAAGUCCUUAAAUUUCAACUUGGGAAGUCCUACAAUAAAAACAUUACUAAGGAGAUUCACUAGAUUUGCUCAAGAGAGCUACAAAUGGUCUUUACAGGAUCCUAACCUGCAGUUAGAGUUUUUGGGAUACUACCUGGCAGAGUUAAGUUUGUUGGAUUAUGAAUGUGUUCAGUUUUUGCCUUCCUUAGUGGCUGCGUCCGUUACAUUUCUCGCAAGAUUUAUGAUCCGGCCAAAGGAUCAUCCUUGGACUUUGUCCCUGCAACGAUAUUCCGGAUAUAAACCAGCUGAUUUGAAGCAAUGCGUUCUUAUCAUAUACGACUUGCAUCGUAGUAAAAGAGGAGCGUCUCUACAAUCCAUAAGACGGAAGUACAAACAGCAUAAGUUCAAAUGCGUGGCGACUAUCUCUUCACCUGCAGAAGUACCAACGAACUAUUUCGAAGAUCCGAAGGCAUGAUUGUUCGAGUACAACAAGACUAGGGUUUAGCUGCAAGAUGAAUCUGGGAGGCAGUUCUUUGAACUGAAGUUUGUCAAAAUCCGUUCUGGUGCCGCCGCUCAUGCUAAUCGUUGUGAUAUAAUUUUGUAGGGUUUCAACUCUCGAUGGUUUUGCUUAGAUAUUCCCCACUAGGGUUUUAAUUUUCUUUGGUCAGUUGGUAGAUUAUUUGUUAGUGGAGAGAAGUUAGAUUAGCAGGUUGAUGUUGAAUGGGUGUGCAAGCUUGUAAUGUUCCUCGUGUUUUCAAUCUGUAGAAAAUUAGAAAUGUUGUUUAUAGAUCCAUAUCUUUUUUCCUCCUUUUGUUUCACUUGCAUUCUGCUUGAAAGAUGUGUAUUUGGCAAUCCAACACAACAUUUGGCACUCAAGUUCUAAUUCCCCGUGUUUAGAUUGCACAA